AUGGACGCGCCGCGGCCACGGUCGCCUCCUCCUCUGUUCAUGCCAAUCACGCCUUCCCCACCGCCACCGCCACAGCUAUCCUCCUCGCCCUCCCCCGACUUCUCCUUCUCCUUCUCCCCUUUCCCUCCAUCGCCUCCACCUUCUCACGUCCCCCUCCGAGUCCUUCCGCUUCCGGCCGCCGCCGACAUGUCCCGGACACCCCUCGGCCGCGUCGGCAGCGACAUCAGCCACAACAACUACGCCAAAGCCAGCCACCGUCAAGCCACGAGCCACAGCAGCUGCAGCAGCGAUGACAGGGACAGGGCCAAGGCCAGGGCGUCGCCUUUCUUCCCCGGCCCCGGCGGCGCGUGGAGGGCAGGCGAGGGCAGAGACGACACGGCCGGCAAGGCCGAGGAGGACAGGAAGAAGGUGAAGGGGAAGAGAGGGCCGCUGGAGGUGGGCCAGCGGGUGAAGAAGUACAUGGCGUCCCUGGUGGAGCAGCUGCUCGCAACCUUCUCCCGGCACGGCGAGCGGGACCGGCGGGGCCAGCGGCGGAGGCCGCACACGUUCUCGGUGAGCGGGCCGGGCGCCGCCGCGACGAUGGAGCGGGAGCGGUGGAGGCAGCGGCGCGGGCAUCUGUCGUCGGCGCCGGCGUCGCUGCGCGCGUCUCCGGUGAACAGCGGCCACCUGUCGGUGGGCGGGUCGCUGGUGAAGGUGUCGACGUCGUCGGAGGAGAGCACGAUGGAGGAGCUGCAGAGCGCCAUCCAGGCCGCCAUCGCGCACUGCAAGAACUCCAUCGCCGUGGCCAAGCAGUAG